AUGGGAGACGACAGAGCAAACAUCGGCAUCAAAGCCAUCGAAAUAUAUUUCCCGAAUCAAUAUGUCGAGCAACAAUGUCUAGAAGCCUACGACAAUGCUAGCCCAGGAAAAUACACUGUGGGCCUAGGUCAGUGUCGGAUGAGCUUCUGCGAUGAUCAAGAAGACAUCUACUCCAUGGCCCUGACGGCCUUGUCCUCUCUACUUCGCAAGUACUCGAUUGAUCCCACAUCGAUUGGAAGGUUGGAAGUUGGUACCGAAAGUGCUUGUGACCGAUCCAAGUCGGUGAAAUCGGUGCUGAUGCAACUGCUUACUGCCAGUGGAAACACCGAUGUGGAGGGUGCAGAUACAACGAAUGCCUGCUAUGGGGGAACCAAUGCACUAUUUAACAGUAUCAACUGGAUUGAGUCUUCGGCGUGGGAUGGGCGGGACGCCGUGGUGAUCGCGGGGGAUAUUGCGCUCUACCAGAAGGGGAGUGCGCGUCCAACUGGGGGCGCGGGUUGUGUGGCCAUGCUGAUCGGGCCUAAUGCGCCAAUCGUAGUUGAACCUGGACUUCGAGGUUCAUAUGCCUCCCAUGUAUAUGACUUCUACAAACCAGAUGGCCGGAGCGAAUAUCCUGUGAUCAACGGGCACUUCUCCGUUCAAUGUUACAUGGAAUCGCUGGACGCCUGCUACAAGGCGUACAUUGAGAGGGGGAGGAAAACAAUCAAGGAGAAGGUGGUCGACUUUGCCUCCCCCUCAUGGCAGCUGCCUUCAGAUAAAUUUGACUAUAUGCUCUUCCACUCUCCGACGUGCAAGCUGGUGGAAAAAGCACAUGCACGUGUCCUCUAUAACGAUUAUACGGUUGAUCCUGACCAUCCCUUCUUCGCCGAAGUGCCUCCGGAAUAUCAUCCUCUCGCCCCCAAUCCGUCGAAGGAAGACAAAGAGCGAUCUCGAUUCUUUAUGAAACUGUGCGCGGAACGCUUCAAGCGUCGGGUCUUACCGUCGCUGGAGAUGGCCUCCAUGUGUGGAAACAUGUACACCGCAAGCCUCUAUGGAUGUCUGGCAAGCUUAAUCUCUAAUGUAACGUUCCACGAUAAAAACCCAAAAAGAGUGGCGCUGUUCUCCUACGGAAGUGGGCUUAUUAGCUCCAUGUUCAGCCUUAGGAUUUGCCAGGACUUGUCAGAAAUGGCGGCAAAACUCGAUUUGAAAGCAAGGCUGCAGGCUCGAUACUCGAUCCCUCCAGUAGUGUAUGACGUGACCUGUCAGCUGCGCGAACAGGCAUACAUGGCGAAAGACUAUGUGCCUUUUACCACGACUGACUAUCUUAUCCCAGGGACCUACUAUUUGAGCAAGGUCAACAAAAUGUUUGAGCGUGAGUAUCAGGUCAAGGCAUAA